CGCAUUGUGAGGUGUACAAGCAACAGGUGUGUGUGCCACAAGACGGUGGGAGAGGAUUUUAAUGAGAUUUUGGAGCUAAAACCGCGUUGGAAGUCGCAAAAAGCACUCCCCAGUGACCCCCGGGGCAAUUCUGUGUUGCAAAUUUGCGUGGAAAAUGCCCCAGUUGUGGGCAAUUUGAUGCAUUUUCCCACCUGUGCCGUGUACUUUUUGACCACAACAUCGAGUGUUUAGUGUCUGGAUUUUGUGUGGAUGUGUUUUGUUACCUCUUUGGGAAUAUUGCGCAAAUGGCGACGUAUUUGAAGUUUUCCAGCUAAAAAGAAAAUAUAUUCAAAAGCACCACAGCCCCAGAAGUUUUUUAGUGUGUGUGAGUGGAAGGAAAUCCAAGAUACGGGAGUGAGGUGGUCAGAAAAGAGACGGCUUCUCUUGCUCUCUUCUUGUGUGUUUGAUGGAGGCUUUCUCACUGCCCCUUUUGCGCAUUCCUCGGUGUAUUUGCUCGUUGCACUCCCGGAGAAUACAGUGAGGAUAGGCACCUGCCUGCGUCACUAAUCUUAGUUGCUCCAACCACCUGUAUGGUGCUGUGUCAUCGAAAAAUUUGGCGCUUAUCGCGUGUAAAGUGUGAUAAAACUUCCUGAAGGUGGCUUCUAGAAACGCGCGGUGAUUUUUCUUUGGACAGCCCAACGUGAUCACGUGAGUGGGGCGCGGGUGUGAUUGUGCACGGAAGAUGGCUCACUACUCAAAUGGAGGCUAUUCGGGAGAUGAACACGACUCAAGGAGCGACAGUCGACCCGGGAGUGAUCUCGGGGAUAAGCCAACGUACCUCCUGGAACACCUGGCGACAUUCACGGUGAACCAGGAGAGUGGGAUUGUCUAUCCGGCCGAUGGGAUGCGAAGGCUACUGCAGCUGGAGAAGACCACGGGUAUUUGGUCGCAGAAAAUGCAGCUCUGCCUCGACAAACAGUGGAUCUUGAUUAUGGACUACGAAUCUGGGAAUAUUAUUGAAAAGUUCCCAGCAUCGCUCAUUCAAGAACCAACUGCUUUCACCAGCAACGACCCAAUGGAGAUGUACAACAACAUUCUGGUGUUUAUUGUUGGCAAUGGUGGAAAUGGUUCUCGUUCGGAGAUGCACAUCUUUCAAUGCCAAAGUAUAUCAGCAGUGCAUCUAGUUGAGGAUCUCAAAAUGCUACGGAGCGGAAAGGUCGUACUGCAGCACCGGGAAACCCUUCCGACACCCCCCAUUGGCAAGAACAAUGCGAGAUCCUUUCAUGCAGUUGCAAAUUACCACGAUCACGGGAAUCAGGAUACAGAUUCGGAAUUUGGUGUGAGUGCCGAGAGAUCCGGGAUGGUUGUUGGGCAUGAUCCGGAGACGAGUUCCACAUCAAGUGAGAAAUACGAGAGAGAUGUGACGGUGCUCAAUCAUUGUUUCGAUGAUAUUGAGAAGUUUAUUGCGAGGCUGCAACAUGCAGCGGCUGCAACGAGAGAACUGGAACGUCGUAGGAGGAAUAGGAAGUCAAAGAAGAAGGAUCCCGGUGAGGGAUUGUUGACAUUGCGAACGAGGCCACCGCAUGAGAAGGAAUUCAUUGACAUUUUUGCAAAGUUUAAACUUUCAUUUAAUUUGUUGGCAAAAUUGAAGGCACACAUCCACGAUCCAAAUGCUCCGGAGCUUGUGCAUUUCCUCUUCACCCCAUUGGCACUCAUUGUGGAUGCUAGCCAUGACACGUACUACGAUCCCAAUCUACCGGCACGUGUUAUCAAUCCAUUGCUCACGCGUGAAGCUAUUAAUCUUCUUAUAAAUUGCGUGACGAGCAAAGAGACGGAACUUUGGCGAUCCCUUGGGGAUGCAUGGACCAUUUCGCGGGAUCAGUGGAAGGGACACGUUGGUUCGUACCAUCCGGUUUUCUUUGACGGCUGGUCCCCGGAUUACCCGGUUGUGGAGGAACUAGAGAAUGCCACAGUGGGUACGGGAAAGAGGCAAAUUGAAACGCAUCAGCUUCACUAUGCUUCUGGGGGUGUUGGGGAUUUUGAGUACGAUCCACCGCCACAGAUGGAUAAGUAUAGUGGUGCACCAGCUAGUCCAGGAUUGAGAGAUAUCAGUGCACGAUCAGACAUCUCUGUGGAUUCCAUUGAGCGCAAUGGAGCUGCAGCAGCGGCUGCUAUAACAGCCGCCGUUGCGGGACACGAUGCUAAUGGCAAUGAUGGUUGGGUGGAUGAACUGCAAGCGCAGGGAGCUAAAAUUGUUCAAGUGACCUACCCCAGAACGGCUAAUAAUGACAAAGAGCUAACCGUGGUGCGUGGAGAGUACCUUGAGGUUCUAGACGACACACGCAAAUGGUGGAAGGCAAGAAAUAGUCGUGGUCAAGUUGCUCAUGUUCCCCAUACCAUUGUUACCCCGAUCAACUACAGUGACAACGAUGUCUUCAAUAAUCCCCUCUACAAUCAGAAUCGCACCACAAUGGCCGGCAAAGAGGAAAUGGAGAGAUUCGCGUCACCAGCCAAUGAAUCCGGACCCUCAGGUAUGCCGCCUCCGGGCUCAGCGGACUGGAUUAGGAACAAGCAUCUCGGGCGCAGUAGUGGGUACUAUACCGAAUCAGAUGACGAUGAAAACCCUAACCAUACGCACCAAACUGUGGCCAUCAUUAAUCGACAGUCAAUGACUAACAAGCCGCCCCCUCCACCACCACCGCCACUUCCAUCGGCGUCUGCUCCAGUAUCUCGCGCCACUUCCAGGAAUAACACCCUCUCACGUCAAUCGAUGGGAGCACAAAAUGGGCAGGAAGAGAUGCAGGAAGAAUUGCGUGCUGUAUUGACGCUCUUCCGGGAGAAGAGACGCAAUUUGGACAUUACAAAGACACCCGAUAUCUUCAUUCAGCAAUCCUCAACGUCUGCUGAGGUGGAAAAGUGGUUGAAAGCAAAGGGAUUUUCCGACAAUGUCGUGAAGAAGCUCAAUGGUGUCAAUGGGAAUGAGUUGUUUGCCCUCAAACGAUCCACUCUUGAGAGCUAUUGCGGUCCCGAAGAGGGUAAGCGUCUGGCGUCACAAAUUACCGUGCAGAGAAAUGUUUCAGGGUACAAAACAGCCAGGAGUUCGGAAUUGCACGCAAUCCUGGCCAAGGCGCGCCAGAAAACAGAACAGAAGGCUGAACCCAAAGAGAAGGCGGAAGACGUUAAUUUUUGACCUAUAGUUUGAUUAUUGUGGGACCUUCUUUGCAGUUGUAUAUAUAAUUUAUGGUAUCAAAAGGCCUUUUAUUGGAUUGAAAUCUAUAUAAUAAAUAAAAGAUUUCGUGUCUGUUCA